ACAUUGCACAGACUGGAUGUAAUAGCCGUUUUUUCCAGCUUUGUCUUUCUAAUGUCUCGAUAACGCUUCCGGGGGCUCAGCGGCGGCGAUGCGGCUGUUUUGGCGCUGGUUUUGGGGACUGAUUUGUGUCGGGGUGUCUGCAAAUCGUGCAGGAUCUCCAGUGUUUUCAGAUGAGAUCCCCUUCAAAAUUAAAUGGCCAGGGGCAGACUUUACGCUGUCAACGUCAGGAGGCCUGUACAGAGAAGACGACUAUGUUAUUAUGACAACUACAGAAAAAGAAAAGUACAAGUGUUUAUUGCCAUCUUUGACAAGCAAUCUGGAUGAUGAGGUGAAGGAGUACAGCGGGCCGAGUCCAGCUGCUUUGCUGGAGCCGUUAUUCAAACAGAGCAGCUGCUCUUACAGGAUUGAGUCAUACUGGACCUAUGAAGUUUGCCAUGGGAAACAUGUGCGGCAGUACCACGAGGACAAAGAGACAGGGCAGAAAAUGAACAUUCAAGAAUACUAUCUGGGGAACAUGAAUAAAAAAGAUGGCGCAGAAUCAGAAACAGAAAAAUCCAGUGACUCUGAAGCAGAAUCGCCAAACACCAACACAGAGAUACCAACAAAGAAUAUAGAGGGUCAGCUGACUCCAUACUAUCCCGUAGAGAUGGGACAUGGGACAGAAUGCACUCUGAAACAGAAUCAACCUCGCUCUACCACAGUGCUGUACGUCUGCCAUCCUGAGGCAAAGCAUGAGAUCCUCACAAUCGCUGAGGUCAUCACCUGUCAGUAUGAAGUGGUGGUGCUCACACCCCUGCUCUGUUCUCAUCCCAAAUACAGGUUCAAGAGCUCUCCAGUGAAUGACAUCUUCUGCCAGGCUCUGGGUGGUUCACCUCUCAGACCUCAGAGCCUGUCCCAGAUGGAACACGAGCAGGAGGAGCUGCUCAAACCACCCUUCAGCACCAGCAGUGAAAGGGGAUCCAGGGAGGACACAUCUCCAGUGAAGGAAGAGGCCUAUACCUCUACCCAUAAGCCCCUGACAGUGGGUGGUCAAGCCCAGGUCACCGUUGGCACUACGCACAUCUCCCGUCUGACUGAUGAACAGCUGAUUAAAGAGUUUCUGAGCGGCUCAUACUGUCUGCAUGGGGGUGUUGGUUGGUGGAAGUAUGAAUUCUGUUAUGGAAAACAUGUUCACCAGUAUCAUGAGGAUAAAGAGCAAGGGAAGAACAUCGUGGUGGUGGGCAGCUGGAACACUGAGGAUCACAUGAACUGGGCCAAGAAGAAUGUGGCUCGAUCUUAUCAUCUGAAAGAUGAUGGAGCACAAAAAGUCAAGGUUGUGUCUCACUUCUAUGGACAUGGAGAUCUUUGUGACCUAACAGGGAAACCGAGACAGGUUAUAGUCAAGCUAAAGUGUAAGGAGUCUGAAUCCCCUCAUGCUGUUACAGUGUACAUGCUGGAGCCUCAGACAUGUCAGUAUAUCCUCGGGGUUGAGUCACCUGUAAUCUGCAAGAUCUUGGACACUGCGGAUGAAAAUGGACUUCUUUCAAUUCCUAGCUAGUCUACAUGACAAGGAGAUGAAGGAAUGAACAGCAACUUGGAGAAGGAGGAGUACAGAAGAGGAAGGCAGAAUGAAGCUCAGAGGGAGAACUAAAGGUGUGAUGACGUUUAGGCAUGAACCUGCUGAACCUCAGAGCUGUUGAGAAAGUCCCUCACUGACUGCACUUUCACGUGUUUGACGAUUAAACAAGGAGGAGAUUUGAUGAAACUACUUUUUUAUUUUGCGCAGCGUGGACUGAAUUUUCCAAUGUUUUCUUUUCAAAUCUCAGACUUGAGGAAAUAUGCUUUGACACAUUUAGAUUGGCUUUGGGAAGGUCUUCUGUUCUUAAUUUCAUCAAGUGCUUCAUUUAUUCUAUUAAUUAAAAAAGGCAGCUCUGCCGUUUUAAAUAUACAUUAUUUAUUUGGUCAAACUUCUGGUCGUUCAAUGGUCAACACUGAGCAGCCAGAGAUGAUUUUAAAAAUUGAAGUAAUUGUUCUUAUGCAGUUUGUGAGGGAGAAUACACUGUUUUGUUUGCAAAGAAACGUGAAUGUAAUUAAAUAGUUUUUU